GUACAGGGAGGAGAGUGGAGGAGAGAGGUUGCUACAUGGUGCUGCUGUUGCCGCCUUUGUUUUAAAGAAUAUUAACACAUCGGUCCGUAGCGGGAGAGGAGACCGUACAUACUUAUUCCGAUCAAGGGGGAAAUUAAACCGUUAUCCAUGUUCCUAAAAGGAGGCGCAGGAGUUCUGCUGCUGUUGCUCCAAACAGCUUUGCAGAUCUCAGCUGAGGGGACUGGAUCUCUGUUGUGCACCCGUGGAUUUUCAGAAGAUGUGUACAUUGCAGCAGUUUCCGAGAAUGUGCUUGAAGGGCAGCCUCUUCUAAAUGUGAGAUUUGUUGACUGUGGCAAAAACGGACUACUUCGGUAUGAAACCAGUGACCCAGCAGUCUUCCAGAUAGGAGAUGAUGGAGUGGUUUACGCGGCAAAGAGUUUUCACGUCUCUCCCAAGCAGUCGUUCCUGGUAAAUGCACAGGAUACAGAAACCCAGGAGCAGUGGAAGACAGAAGUGAGACUGAUCAGAAGGCUGUUGCUGAGCCAGCCUCUUCAGCAUGGAAUGAAGUCUGAGGCUCCAGAGGUGUCACGGCAGGUCCAGGAAAUUGUAUUUCCGCAGCAGGGUGUGGGCAGCAGUGGGCAGCUGAAGCGCAUGAAGAGAGAUUGGGUCAUCCCCCCGAUCAAUGUUCCAGAAAACUCAAGAGGCCCUUUCCCACUGGAGCUUGUCAGAAUCAGGUCAGAUCGUGAUAAAAACCGCUCCCUGCGUUACAGUGUCACAGGACCUGGUGCAGACCAGCCUCCUACUGGGAUCUUCAUCAUUAAUCCAAUUUCAGGACAGCUGUCUGUGACUAAGCCUUUGGAUCGGGAGCAUAUAUCUAACUUUCAUUUGAGGGCUCAUGCAGUGGACCUGAAUGGAAACCAGGUGGAGAACCCCAUCGAUAUUGUAAUCAACGUGAUCGACAUGAAUGACAACAGACCUGAGUUUGUACACCAGAUCUGGAAUGGAACUGUUCCUGAAGGGUCCAAGCCAGGAACUUUUGUGAUGACAGUUACGGCUAUGGACAAAGAUGACCCCAAUACUGCCAAUGGAAUUUUGCGCUACAAGAUUUUGUCUCAGAAUCCCGAAAGCCCUUCUUCAAACAUGUUUACCAUUAACAACCAGACUGGAGACAUCAUCACUGUCGCAGCAGGACUUGACAGAGAGAAAGUACCGCAAUACACUUUAAUAAUUCAGGCAACUGACAUGGAGGGAAACCCAACAUAUGGGCUUUCUAACACCGCGACUGCUGUUAUCAGAGUGACAGAUGUUAAUGACAACCCUCCUGAGUUCACUGCUGAUACUUUCUAUGGAGAUGUGCCAGAAAAUCGAGUGAAUGUGAUUGUUACCAAUUUAACUGUGACUGAUAAAGACCAGCCAAAUACGCCCGCUUGGAAUGCAGUGUACAGAAUAACUGGAGGGGAUGCUACAGGCAGAUUUGCUAUUCCUACAGACCCUAAAACUAAUGAGGGCUUGGUUACCGUUGUCAAGCCUAUUGACUAUGAGAUCAGUAGGACGUUUGUGCUAACUGUGAUUGCGGAAAAUCAAGUGCCUCUGGCCAGGGGCAUCCAUCUUCCUCGUCAGUCAACUGCAACAGUCUCCAUUAGAGUUAUUGAUGUGAAUGAGAGCCCUUAUUUUGAUCCAAACCCUAAGCUUAUCAAGCUAGAGGAAGGCUUACCGGCGGACUCGCCAUUAACAACCUUUACUGCUCAGGACCCUGAUCGUUACAUGCAGCAGACGAUAAGGUACUCUAAGCUUUCAGAUCCAGCAAAAUGGUUGAAAAUUGACCCUUCAAGUGGCCGGAUUUCUACUAUUGCGGUUCUGGACAGAGAGUCUCCGUAUGUGAAGAAUAAUAUGUAUAAUGCUACAUUCCUUGCAGCAGACAAUGGUAUUCCCCCUGCUACUGGAACUGGAACACUGCAGAUUUUCCUGCUGGAUAUCAAUGACAAUGCUCCACAAGUGUUUCCUCAAGAGGCAGAGAUCUGUGAAAAGCCAGAACCAAAUGCCAUCAAUAUCACAGCCAUUGAUGCAGACUUGAACCCAAAUGCUGGUCCCUUUGCCUUUGAACUUGCCAGGAAUCCUCCAGAUGUGAAGAAGAACUGGACGAUCACUCGCUUGAGUGGUGAUUUUGCCCAGCUAAGCCUUAAAAUUGGUUUCCUUGAAAGUGGCAUCUAUGAGAUCCCUAUCGAGAUUGCAGAUUCUGGUAAUCUUCAAAUGUCUAACACCUCGUAUCUGCGAGUGAAGGUGUGUCAGUGUGACCAAAAUGGAGACUGUGCUGAUGUGGAGCGCAUUAUUGCAGCUGGCCUGGGAACGGGAGCCAUCAUUGCCAUUCUGCUCUGCAUCAUUAUCUUGCUCAUCCUUGUCCUGUUGUUCGUGGUCUGGAUGAAGCGUCGCGACAAAGAACGGCAAGCCAAACAGCUGCUGAUUGAUCCAGAGGACGAUGUGCGAGAUAACAUCCUGAAAUAUGAUGAGGAGGGUGGUGGAGAAGAAGACCAGGAUUAUGACCUGAGCCAGCUUCAGCAGCCUGAUACAGUAGAGCCAGACACCAUCAAGCCUGUUGGAAUUAGGCGCCUUGAUGAGAGACCAAUUCAUCCCGAGCCACAGUAUCCAGUAAGAUCAGCUGCUCCUCACCCAGGGGAUAUUGGCGACUUCAUUAAUGAGGGACUUAAGGCUGCAGACAAUGACCCGACAGCUCCUCCCUACGACUCCCUGUUGGUGUUUGACUACGAAGGCAGUGGAUCCACAGCAGGCUCUUUGAGUUCCCUCAACUCUUCCAGUAGUGGAGGCGACCAAGACUAUGAUUACCUCAAUGACUGGGGGCCAAGGUUCAAGAAACUCGCAGACAUGUAUGGUGGAAGUGAUGACUAAGUAAUGCCUGAGUGGCACCAUUUUUUGUAUGGGACAAGGACAGCUUCUAAAACCAAUAUUCCUGAAGAGAGAACCAACAACAAAAAAAAAAGCUAGGCUUUAACUUUGUAGUCUACUAGCACAUAUGCUUGUUGAAGGCUUUGGCAUAGGCUGCAAUCAAAUUUUGAGCUCAGAGGGAACAUUGGUAAACUGACACUGUUUGGGAUCGUUGAUAUUAAGAGCGCUCAGUUACACUUGAAUUUCACAGUACAGAAGCACUGGGAUUUUAUGUGCCUUUUUGUACAUUUUUGGAUCUGAAUAAUUAGUUUUAUGUUUAAGGCUUUAAUGGUACUUACUUUUGGAGUGAUUCAAAACUAAGGAAGUAUGUUAAAACAUGGUAUGCUUCUACAUGCUUUUUGGUUACACCAUACUGCUGUUUGUUGAAUACAUGUAUUUAAAUGACCUGAAGAAGAAUUGAGUAAUCUUUGUUAGCUUGGAUGGAGAGAAAUCUGAAAACCGCAAUGUACAGUUCGCUAGAAUUUUAGAUAGUUUUUUCACUAAAAAUUAAACUUAUGCAGCUGGUUGCAAAUAAAGGGAGUCACAAAUCAUUGAUUUGUAGCGAAAUCAUUUUUUUUUCUGAAGUGGUAUAGUAUUUUACAAGAUCUUUUUGUUCUAAUCCAUGUACACUUUCUUUGCCUUAGUCAACCUCUGGUACUUUGAUUUUUACUUCACUGUAAAAAAAAAUGCGUGUACAUAAUGUUUUUUGGCGUAGUCUAUGAAGUGCAAGAAAUUCAGACCUUGUAUAUGUAUAAUUUGGACUACAAAUUCAAGUUUUUUGCAUGUUUUUAUCUUUUCAUUAUAAAAAGGUAUCCAAAAUGUAUUUACAAAAACAGACAUUGACAUGAAUGGAUGACAUAGAAGGAAAUAGCCUUUUGUAAAAACAAAUCUUAUCAGCACAACUGUUUGAAUUUGUACCAAAAAGGGGGUGUUAUGACACCGGCAGCACUAAUAACUGAAACAGCUUUAAGACUGGAAAAGUUGGACAGCAGCUUUGCAGAUAAUGUUAUGUACCAGAAUUCGAGUUAUACGUUUCUGACCCCAACCAUCCGAAUAAAAUGCUAAUUUUGGAGCUA